AAACCUUUACCUACUUACUAAAUUAUGCAUUUAUGGAAAAUAUUAAUUACUGAUAACAACAUUGGAAACGUGUAUUUUAUAGCUGAAUACACAUAUAUAUUAAAUGACUGGUGAUCGAAUGCUUUACAAUGAUCAACUAGCGUCUCAUGAGGUAGAAAUAACGUGUUUUCUGCACUUUUCUUUUAAAUAAUACAUAGUAUCCUUCAUAAGAACCAUUGUUUUGGAUAUGUAUUCAUCUUUUCCGGUAAAUUAUAAUACUUGUAUUUAUUGUGGUAUAACUUAUUUGUGAGUAAGAGGCAUCUUCAAAUAACGUUAAAUGAACCAUUACUAUUGAAUAUAUUCAAAUAUAUUGUAAAUAAUAACAACGUAAAUUUAUCACUCUUCUUGCGAAUAACUAACUUUGUUUAGAGUUGAAUUGUUUUAGAGAAAAGCUGACUAAAAGAUGCGCACGAACUCAGAAUUGACGAAAAUAACAAAAUGUAUUUUUUGUUGUUGAACAUUUUCUAUAUUGUUUGAUAGGAGUUAUAUUGUUAUACGAUUGCAUGCGAGUAAAACCAAUGAGUCCCUUCUUAAUGUCGUUUUGAGUCAGUAUAAAAUGUCAGUAGUAUUAAGUUGUAUUGUGAAGAGAUAGCAAUGAGUUCUAGUGGGAUAUAGAAAAUCUUGAUUCUUUUAGAGGUCAUGAAACAUGCAAAGAAUUAUUUUUAGCAAAAUCACAUUUAAAUGUUUAAAACAGAAUGUAAAACUUUGUGUAAUAGGGUUAGAAAAACUACAUUGAUCAACAGUUCUAGCUAGGCCUUACCAGGAGGCGUUGUAUUACUCUCGAGAAAAAGAACAGACAGAGAAAUUGAUCAACGUUAAGAUAUAUCAAAGAAAAGGAAUAACCAAAGUGAAUAAAAAUGAAAUUAUAAAAUUAAAAAAAGUGCAUAAAAAGGUUAAAAAUUAUAUCCGGAAUUAGUUGAAGGGUGUUAUUAUCGCUGUCCAUUAAUAAGUGGCCGGAGGCGUUGUGGUCGUCGGCGUGCAUGUCAACAUUUGGCCAGGGUGAGUGUAAGUGUUAUCUCGUUGUUUUAUAUGUGAUAUACAUAUAUCACAUAUGUGAUAUAGUGUCCGCUUUUCAUCCAGAAAGUUUGGAUUCGGUUCCCACCAGAUGUACUUUGACGAAAUGGACAUCAGAACUGAUGCAAAGAUUAGAAUCUUGACUUAAAUCAACUUUGGAGUAAUUCACACCGUGGCAACGUAAGAAAAACGGACGAACAAUUAUUUGCUUUUAACGAGAAUUGCACACGUAGCGAAACAACCAACGAACACAGCUUAGAGAUGGACUCUGAUUGGAUAUUAUCGACAGUUACAUCUCGACUGCAGUCAGUUAUAAGGUGCCUCAACACUGAACCUGACAUACAGCGUCAGCUGAUGGAAAUUGAAUCGAAAUGCGGGGCAUUUAUACUUGAUUUUCAAGCAGUAUUGAGAAACGAAGGGGAAACCCUUUUCAGCGAAAAAGAGACACUCAUGGCAACAACAUCUAUUAAAACACUUUCAACUGAGAAACCGCUUAAAUCUCUACAUAAAAUCGGUAUAGCAACUGAAAAAUUGAAAAGUCAGAUACGUGCGGUAAGAACAAAGGUUGGAAGCACUUUAGAAGAGUGUCACUCAAGAAUAAAAGCAAAGGAGAAAGAGCUUUUAUUGAACAGAAACGAGAUCGAUAAAAAUAAGAGUGUGAUCAGUAAGUUCGAAGAGGAAAAAAUGAAAUUAGAAAAAGACGCAGAUUUAGACGCUAGACAAAAGGAACAAAAGGCUGCAAGACCGCGAAAUGAAGCUGAAGACAGGAAACAAGCAGGAGCUUGUGAUCCCAUAAUUGGGGAAUUGACUGCCGCUGCGCUUAUGCCUUUCACAGCUGUUGGCAGUUUGUUAGCUCUUGUCGCUGGAAGCGUGACCAUGGCUGUUUUACUUACGAGCGCGGCUGAAUUGGAAAGGGACGCCGGAAAUAAAAAGGAGCUUGCUAGACAAAAGAAAAACGAGUCACAGACUAUCUCGCAAACAAUUCGAGUUCGUGAAAUAGAGUGCAAAACUAAAGAACAAGAAGUGAGGGCCAUUGAAAGCGACAUAAGUCGUCUGAUAAAUGAACAAAACAGUCUGUCUGAUGUAUCGAACCUUCUCUUCAAAGUUGUGGACUCUAUUAUGCGACUUCAGUUUGUGUUCAAGAAUAUGGAGGCGACAUUUCGGGAUACAUAUCAAAAGACAAAAGUGUUAAAGGCUUUUGAGAAAAAAUACACUUUGGGGCCAGAGAUGUUGGAGAUGGCAAAUUCUCUUCUGGACAAGACAAAGAAACGAUGGAAUGAGAUGGAAAACGAGCUUGUGCAACAAGAAUUGGUCGUGAAAGCCGGCUCCAGUCUUACUUUUGUUACAAAAAACAAGGGCAGAACCUGCUUAAAUUUCUAGUUCCUGUACUUAUCAGUGCGUUUACUUUGGGCUAUUUACCUCGUGUAGAAGUCCUCCGUUAUACUAUAUGCAGUUAAUGGUGUUUUUUUCCAGAAAACUGUUCAGUGUCCGAAAAUAAACACUGUCUGUAAGUAGGACUAUCUUUUAGGGUGGAUUUCGCAGAACGCCUUGCUAUUUUACCAUUUCUAUUCCAUUGUUCAGCCUAUAAUCAUCAAUGUUAACAUACAAAUUGUUAUUAUCUAUUAUUAUUAUUAUUAUUAUUGUUAUUGUUACGAGUGUUUCUUUUGCCGUUUCUCUAGGCAUUGACAGCUAUGUUAAUAGUUUAGAAAAAUCAUAAAGUGUUGCCAGUGCUGCUUUCAAACAAUAAGAUUUAUAAAAGCUCAAAUAUUACUUAAACUGGUUUAGAUUAGAUCAAUUCAUUUUUUUUAACAUUUUUCGAGUUUGUUUUCUUAGUAUAUUUAUAAA